AUGGAAGGGGAACUGGAAGAUUCUGAUGAGGAUGUCAAAGAAGAACACAAGACCACUUUAUUGUGGGAAAAGUGCAUCCAGCAGAGAAUCGUGGUGGAUCUGAGUGAGGAUGAAAGUCUCCACCUCAGUGAUCUGCGGGCUUCUUCUUUCGCUUUGCGCCCGUCACAGGCCGAGUGUGCCGUAUCACAGGCCGGCGUUUAUUUACGUGAUGACAUCGCUUCAGACGCCAUUAUUGUAGGUAGUGAGAUGGUGGUCCCGAUGAAGAUCUGCACAUUGCAGACUGAAGACCUUCGAAACCAGCAAUAUGAGGACUGCGGGCAAAAUACAAGCGAUGAGGAUCAGGAAGACCUCCCUUACGAUGGCAGUCUCGGCAGUCCUUACUUCGCCUGCACGGAUACUGCUCAAGGAAAUGUGACCUCCGUUCAAAGACAAAUGUCACCAAAAAAACGGUCUUCUGAUGGAUCUCAUGUGGAGAAAGAAGUGGAAGAGGUAGACCCACCAAGCACUCGUCCUCCAGUCGAUGUUAGCAAUUUGUUACUGCGACAUUUUUCCCGGGAAGAGUUGUUGCGGACCGGAAGGCCGAUUGCAGCCGAGACCCUUCCAGAGGUCUCCCUGCUGGAAAGUGCAGACGAGAUCCCCUGCAGCAUAUCGACACGCGACAACAUGACGGCUCUGAUCAGCAUUUCGGAGAGGCCUUCCGUCAAGAGUUUUCACAGCAACGAAAAAAGAGAACCUUUGGAGGAGGACAAAACAACGUCCUGUCAAAAUGAAAGUGACGUGACACCACCUCAGUGUGAAGAGUCUGAAGUUGCCAUUAGGAAAAUCUCACAUUUGCGCAGCAGGUCCUUUGGCGAGCUGAAGUACGGCCAGGGUCAAGUCCAUUAUCCUCUCCCUGACUUCUCCAAGGUUGCUCCCAAAGUCAAAAUCCCAAAGGGUCCCAGUGGUCCACUCAGAGUUGUUCCUCAAGUCCUCAAUCCCCUGAUCCGAGCCCAGUCCUCCCCAGGAAUCUUAGAUGUGAUCAGUAGAGUCCUGGAGGAUUCAGAUCUUCAGUCUUCACAGAAGCCUCAAGUUGUCAAAGACACAAAUGAACAAACCAGUCCUCACCUGGUGCAUCACUUACAGGCUGAAUAUGAUAGACGACUGACUAAAUAUGACAGGUCUGAGAAUAUCAUGUUUAAAAUGAGGUUAGGAACCAAUCCUUCCUCAGAUAUUUGCGUCGAGGAUGACUCAGGAAAGUCCAGUGAGGGUGUCCAUGUUGGACCUGUAGCUCCUCACAUUCUACCAUCAGAGAACGUUGUCGAAAAAUUAAAAACACCAAAUCAGGAUGCGAUGGACCCCAACAAUGCGUCUCAUCAAGAAUGUCCCAGUGAGGCCGAAAAAAUAACUGCUGAGCUGAGAGCUGACAUAAGACAGUUCAUGGAGACGGUGAAUGACUUCAAGCAGAGUGUAAGCAACAUGGCGGUUAGCCCGGAAGAACAACAAAUGAUGCUGAGGAGCUUGAUGGAAGCUCAGGACCAGCUGGAGAGAAAAUACAUGAGCAAGAAGGACGAGCACCGAACUCUGGAGAUGCAGAGUUACUUGGGCCUGUGCAAAAACGUCGGCACUUUUGACCCGAACAGGUUGCUGGAAGGUGAUAUAUUCAGAGUGGGGAUGCGCCUGGAGGACAUCAAGGAGAUGAUCGACAAAAACAGGCAGGCCGUCUCGCCUCUCUUAUUGUCGUCCACUCCCAACAAAAUAAUUGCGUCAAGCCUACGUCUGAGCACCGAAUGUUUUAGUGCGGCGACAAAGACUGAGAAACAAAAGGUGGACGAGGACGAAACCAGUAGAAAUGAUGCCAUGGUGGAAAUGAGUGAGCUCGCAAUCAGCGUGUCAAUGCAAGUCAGCAACAGGUUUUCUGUUUGCUCGAGGGUCUCUGCGGAGGGACUUGUGGAUGCAAAGGAUGAGGAGAACCGUGACAAAAGGAGAGAAUCUGCCUCGUUGGAAGGGAGCGCUGGCAAUGACACAUGGGAUGGAAUCAGUGGGAAAGGGACGGCGGGAAGUGGCGGCCAUGAUAGCGUCCUAAACCGAGAAUGUGACCUCGAGGAUGUCAGCCCGGCUGUGGAGGUCUCCUUUUCCUCUGAUGCGCAUUCAUCACUUUCGCAGGAGAUUUUUUGCCGAGAGACAGACAGCGGAUUUGGGAGCUCCUGCUUGAAGCAGUCUUGUGGAAUGUUACGGCCUCAUCCCCUCACAGAAAGAGUGCACAGUGAUGGAUCGAGUACUCCGGACAGUGAAGAAGGCUCCUCACUCAAUCUGCAGACAACCAUCAGUCCAACCGACGUCCAAACGCAGCCUGGAGGUGCAGCAGCUCCAGUGGAACUGUGGCUGCAAAAUACCACUAAAGAGUCCUCUCCCAAACGGCUGGGCUCUGAUGUAGAUGAUCGCUACGGCACUGAACCUAACCUGAGUGCUCCAAUGGACGUAGAGCAGAGAGAACGCCACCUGUGCUCUUGUAAUAGUGAGGCUCUCCUGACCUUGCAGGUAGAAGUGUCCAGGUUGAAGAAAGACCUGGAAGAAGGUCUUGUCCUGUUGCCUCACCUGGCAAGGAAAAUGGAUUACCUGGCCUCCAAAUACAGCCGAGAUCGUCAGGAGCGUAGGUCCAAGACCAAAGCCAGGACUCACCCUACACCGACCAGCUUGAAGAAGUCAACAGGCAGCAGAGAUAUUUUGAGCAAACCUGCCUCCAGUCAGUUAAGACCAGAAAACUGGAUUUCAACAGAGGCCAUCACGGAGAGCCUUGACUACGACCGGUUGUCUCUUCCCUCACCUCAGUCCACCAAAACGUCCGUGGUCCAGGUCAGCUCCGGCUCCUGCUGCAGUCUGCCUGCAAGCUACAAAGUCAAGGAACCUCCGGCGCACGUGAACAAUCACCGGAAGCGUUCCACCCAGUCGGACACAGCGCUGCUGCCCGGUAAUGUGUACUUUGAUCAAACUCCAUCCCCGGGAUUUCAAAAGUCUCGCAGCAGGACAGGAAGCAAGGAGGAGGAGAUGAACUGGACUUUGGACCGGGCCAUUGAGGCGGCGCUCAGCAUGAAGAGGACGACAGACCGCAUGGCCAAGAGACUGAUGGCAGACCUGGCCAAAACUCAAUUCUGACCUCACUAAAAUCCACACAGAAUAUUGUUGAAGGACCUCCCGGAAUAUUGGAAGCAGUUACACAAUACCGACUGCCCAUUUUUUUUCAUAUUUCAGUUUUCUGUACUAGCCAAGUGUCCCAGUUUAUAUUUUUAUGUAGCAUCAACAGCGGAACAUUAACAACACAUUAGAAAUGUGAUCAGUUAUUGUAAUUAACUAAUAGGAUCACCACUAA